GUGCACUGGUGUACAGAUAGGAGCCAUGGCAGCUGUAAAUCUUGGUGUUUUUGAUGCAGUGAGACCAUUCCUCUGGAGUGCAGCAGCGGGUUUCGCUUUUGGAGAAGCUGCAUUAUUUGCAGUUAAACCCACUCUAACUGAAGAUGAUGUCCUGCUGUCUGCUGCCACUGUGGCCGCUGAGCGAGUUGGUUCUACUGGAGUAGGCGUGAUCUCCGCAUGUCUUGUAUUUACCUCCCUGCUCUUAUCUCUGGGAAGCGGCUUCCUCCUUGCUGCAAUGACGAUGAAGCUGUUCAGUAAAGUUGGAGUGAGGGUGCCGUGGUUAUCAGAGUUGACAGCAGGAGCCUCUGUCGUGGUGGGCGCAGUCACUGCUGGGCUGCCAGCUGGAAUCCUUCCACCGUGGAUCUACAUUGCAGCUCAAGGCGUUCUGGUCCUUAUAGUCUACUCAUACUCCAAUAUUAAUGACAUGACCAAAGCUUUGUUAAUCAUCUUCACCACUCUCUUCCUCAGUGUCCUAUAUGGAAGGUUGGGUGUCAUAAUUGGAUUCUUUGUCACAGGAUUCACCAUCUCUUUCCUCUUUGCCCUUCGAAAGUUCCUGACAGAGACUGCAACACAGGCACCAAAAUCUAAAACUGAAUGCCGAAUGCUGGAGAGGAUAUUCUUCUACUCUGUUGUGGUGGGGAUUCUGGGAUUUUCAGUAGGUCUAGGGGCAGGUGAACCAGGGGAAGGGUCCAAGAAGGAGGUGGUGUCAAUGCUGCAGUCAGUCCUCUGGGUGGCGUUUCUGUCUGCAGGGCUGCUAGGUGCAGGUCUGGGAACAGUGGCCAUGGUCGGGCUGGGGCCAAAUGUGGCUGAAAAGGUCGCUGUGGGGGCUGCUAUAAUAUCAUCAGCAGCCUUGAGAGCCAUCCUGGAGUCAUACUCUUCUCUGGGGGUUCGAAGCUUCACAGGGGGAAUGCUAGGAGUGGCUGCAGCUGCAGGGGUGUCACUCGGAGCUGCAAGUGUUUCAGCAAAGCAGGCAUUUGGGUCUAGAGAGUCAACAUUAGCAGUUUUGGGUUCAGUUGUUUUCGGUGCAGUUUUGGCCACCCGAGGUUUAGCACUGAAAGCAAUUCCGCUGGCAACAUCAGAACUUAUAACAAUCGCUCUUGUUGCAGUUGGGGCAUUUGUUCUGGGUGCACCAAAGAGCCCGUUUAACACUCAGGUGAAUCUACAAAGGGGCCUCCUCCAGGGGCCAGAGCUAAUUAAAGGAAUUGGCAUGGAGACAAUCACCGCAGCAGCAGCACCUAUUGGCGCUGGGGCACUUGGGGCUGCAGCGUUAGCCACCGCAGCUCUGGGGAGUCUGGGGACUGUGGGUGUUGUGGUGGCUAUAGUUUUGGCUUUGGGAAAUACUCUGAGCAGCAUGACAAGAAAAUCACCAUCUGCAACACACGCACACACAGAGUGAUGGACAUCUGAGUGUAGAUCUUGUUCUCCUGCUGAUUACUAAUGUGCCUGAAGACACAGUUGUUGUAUGCCUGCGUGCAGACAGCCUUGAAUGUAACUGUGUUAUUUUGAUGUGAGCUGAUAUGAACACAUUUCCUUAACAAUCAAACAUUUUAAUUAUGUCAAACUUGUAUUAUUGGGUAUAUCAGUGUUGAUUUAAAGAAAUGACAAAUGUUAACAGAUCCUGUGUUGGUAUAUUUUCGUUUGAGUGAGAGGGAAAAAAUAAUAAUAAAUGGCCA